GACUCUGAUUAAAUAGGCAACACGAUGUCCGAGGUGGAGAAGGCUCAGACCGCUAGCGCCGGUGGAGACACGAUAUUUGGGAAAAUAACACGCGGUGAAAUACCAUGCAAAUUCAUCCACGAAGACGAUAAGUGUGUUGCUUUUCAUGAUCUCUCACCUCAGGCACCCAUUCAUUUCCUGGUUGUUCCACGCAAACCUUUGUCACAGCUUUCAAAGGCCGAGGAUGGAGACAAAGAGAUGCUAGGCCACCUACUCCUUGUUGCCAAGCAGGUAGCCAAGGAGUUGGGUCUGGAGAAAGGUUUUCGUCUUGUUGUCAAUGAUGGUGCAGAAGGGGCACAGUCUGUGUACCACCUCCACAUCCAUGUGAUGGGUGGGCGCCAGAUGGGCUGGCCACCUGGAUAAAGCAUAGGAAUAGCAGAAAGACAUCACAUAAGAGGCUGAAGGGAACCAUGAUAACCUAGUUUAUGAAAUAUUAAAUCAACAAUGAUUUUUUGCAAUGCUAUUAAUAAUCACAGCUGAAUUUAUUGUUCAAGAACCCCAUCACCUUCUGUGAAAUUUCAAUUUACUGUCAAUGAGUUGAUCGGAUGACUCUUGUCUCUAGUUCAAGAUAUUUGAUAUCUUGUUGUUGCAUACCUUACUUAAAAUUUCAUAGUUAAAAAUUCUUUAUUCAUCAGUAUCAUGUCAAGUAAUAUUUAAGAGAUAGUGGUAAAUAAAGUAUUGAUCUUACAAUUGUAGUGCUUGUGAUGGGGUGUGAAGAAUAAGACCUAUCAUAAAAAUACAGACUUUAAUGAUCAUAAGGUCUUGUGUCUUAAUUGCAAUAAUGCUUCCGAACAAACAUUUGUCUUCACACCAGCCUGUUAUAGAUUGUGACUAGAAGGGAAAAAAAUGAAUGUUAUUAUAAUGAGAAUAGCAUAUUUUUCUGAAAAUACGAUUGACUAAUAUAUUACAGGACAUUGCCUUGCUAUGUGCCACUUUCCAACAAAGUUUUGAUUCUAAUAUCACAAUGGAUACUUGGUCUGAGCUACUUCUCCAGCAAGUAACACAAGGGCUAUGAUAUUUUUUCCAAAGAUCAACUACUAACUGACUUAUCUCUAUGUUUAUUUUUCUGGCUGAGAGAUCAGGAGUCUCCUAAGACGGGGACAAUCCAGCUAUUGGUUCCACUGACCAAACUUACUUUGAUGAUCUCUGAUCUCCAAUCCCUGAUCUUUCUCUGAUUACAAUACAAAAUUCUCCUUAUGUACUAAUGCACACAAAAUAUUCCUAAAGAAAGGCAGAGAUAUUGAAGCCAGUUUACAAAAUUAAGACAUAUUAUUAGAAACCUUUAACAACAUAAUUAAACUGACCCUGAUACAAACUUUAACUAGGAGAUGAAGCCAUAAAUAAAGUUUUUCAAUUCUUUUAAAAAUGAAAACAUCCUUUUAAAACUUGGUUACAGUUCUUUGCAAUAAAUAAAAUACAUUACCAGAUUCAUGUAAUAUUAUAAUUGAGACAUCUGAACAAUUUUUACCACAUGUUGAUUUAAUUUGAUUUAAAUGUGAAAGUUUUUAAUGAGGUUUGGUCGUGAAAUCACCACUAUGACACUAAUGAACAAUAAGUCACUUAAUAAGUACUUGGUAUAAAAUUCACAACAAAGAUAACUUCCAUAUUUAUAUUUUUGGGGCUUGGCAUAACAGAAGUUGCAGUACACAAUCUGACUGUAAGGCAGGCAAUAUUUACAUGUACUUGGCCUACUUAAAUUUGCAGAUAAAGCUGAUUUAUAAAGAAUCUUAAGGCCUUAAAGGCUGUUGACCCUGAGAGUAAACACAUCGUUUUGAGUAAAAAAAAUAUAUACUCCUCAUGUAACAUCAAGUCUCAGUCAGAUUGAAUGAUGUCAUUUUAAAGGGAUAUUAACUCUUCGUAUCAGACCUAUAUUUAACAAUAAAAAACAUUGUGAAUAACUCAUAGAAAUAUUAUUUAUUCUGCUGUACCACAAAAACGGCA